AUAUCACAUCUUCUAUGGCGCGCAGUUUCCGGUUAUUGUGAAUUCCCAUUUGAACAAUACUAUCUCGUUAUUUAAAGAAACAUGGCGGCUGAUGACGUUGAUGACGUUACAAAAAAGUUAGAAGCUACAAAAGUUGGCGAAACGUUUGUCCUUAGUUUCAAAGGGAAAGGUUUAAAGCUCGACAAACGUGAAGAUGCCAAAGAAAUAGUUGAAGGCAUAGAGGCCUGCAAGGUUAUGACAGGGUUAAGUAUGGAGGGAAACACUAUGGGUAUAGAUGCAGCAGAAGCAAUAGCUGAGGCCCUGAAAAAACACCCAGAAUUCCAGAGAGCACUCUGGAGUGACAUGUUUACUGGAAGAUUAAAAACAGAAAUUCCACCAGCUUUGAAACAUCUGGGAGCUGCCAUGAUUGAAGCCAACGCCCAGCUGGUGGAACUGGAUCUCAGUGACAAUGCCUUCGGCCCUAAUGGUGUGGAGGGGAUUGUUACCUUACUGAAAAGCAAGACUUGUUACACUCUCAAAGAACUUAAGCUAAAUAACAACGGCCUUGGCACAACUGGUGGAAAGAUGUUGGCAAGCUGUUUAAUGGACUGCUACCAGUCAAGUAGUGCAGCAGGUACACCACUGGCUCUGAAGGUCUUCAUCUCUGGCCGAGGGAGAUUGGAGAAUGAUGGAUCAAAGGCUCUCUCAGAGGUUUUCAAGUUGAUGGGUUCACUUGAGGAAGUAGCCAUGCCCCAGAAUGGCAUCAACCAUGAGGGUAUUACAGCUCUGGCAGAGGCUUUCCAACACAACCCCAAUCUCAGAAUUCUCAACCUCAACGACAACACCUUCACAAUCAUUGGGGCAAAGUCCAUGGCUAAAGUUUUACCAAAAUUGCAAAAUCUUGAAGUAAUAAACUUUGGAGAUUGUUUAAUAAGGACAGACGGUGCGAAAUUAAUUGCUAAAGCAAUCACAGAUGGACACAAGAAGCUGAGGGAGCUGGUGCUUUCAGGAAAUGAGAUCAGUGCGCCGGGAGCCAGCAGAAUCACAGAGGCUGUGGAGAACAAGGACAAAUUGGAGAAGAUCGACCUUGAUUCAAAUAUGUUUGGAGAGGAGGGAGUCGAGCUGGUGAAGGCUGCCUUGGAAACCAUCGGGAAACUAGACAUUCUUGGAUCUCUCAGCGGUGAUGAAGGUUCAGAUGAUGAGGAUGAGGAGAACUAUGAUGACACAUACGAGGAGGAGAAUGUCCAGGAGGAGCAGGAAGGGGACGCAGUAGAUGACCCUGCCCUUGCUGUCAGAGGAAUGGCACUUACACCAAAACAGAAGUCAGUGAAUGUGAAGGACUUCCUAUCAUUUCCAUCUCCCACCAAACUUCACAGUUUUGGCAAAGAUCUGGCAACCUCAUUACGACAGGAACUUGGGAGUGACAUUCAAGACAUGGAUAAAACUGUCAGCACAUUAAUAAGGAUCAGCACAGUGGUCACAGAGGGGGAUGCCAAAUCUCUACAGGCAGUCUGCAACUGUGCAGAUGACAUAUUACAAGAGGUGUUUAAAUCUGGAGAUGACAAUACUGGGAUGAUGAUGGCAAAUGCUUAUCUUGUUUACAUGGGAAUACUGAAGGGUGAGGACAAAAAGUAUCGACCGCCCAACGACAUAUCAGGCCCUCUGCUAGUGCUUGAAAACAUAGUAAGACAGAGCUACUUUCCCAGGUCUGCCCGCACGAUCAUAGCUGCUUUCAUUGACAAGCCACAUCCUUUGCUCAACAAGUCGAUGGCCAUCAGAAGCAAACUAUUAUCAACACUGUAUGCAUUUUGAACAGGAUUGAAAAGAAGAAUAGUAAUUUGAUGAACAAUUUGGUGGCCAUAAAAAGCCAGCUUCUGUCAACUUUGAAUGGACUUUAAAUGAGAAAUGCCAGUGAAUUUGUUCUGGAAUUUUAGAUCAGAAAUGCAAGUAACUUUUGUCUUCAAAGUCUUGGACUUAAAGUGAAUAAAGCAAGUGACCUUGUAUAGGACUUUAAAUCAGAAAUGCAAGUUACUUUGUCUUGGGCUUUAAAUCAGAAAUGCAAUUUAUCUUA